AUGGUUUACAACGCCCGUUGGGGUAUUCUAGCUACCGGAGGUAUCGCCAAAACCUUCGUGAAAGACCUCCUCAAAGACCCUUCAGCCCGCGAUGCCUCCGACAUAACCCACACCGUUACAGCAGUCGCAAGCUCCUCCUCCGCCAGCCGCGCACAGCAAUUCAUCACCGAGCUCUCCAUCCCAGGCAACCCCAAGGCCUACGGAUCGUAUGACGAGCUCGUCAACGAUCCCAACGUAGACGUCAUCUACGUCGCUACGCCCCAUUCGCACCACUACCAGAACGCGCGUCUGGCGCUGGAAGCCGGGAAACAUGUCCUGUGCGAAAAGGCGUUUACAGUCAACGCAGCGCAGACCAAGAUACUUGUUGAUCUUGCACGCAGCAAGGGUCUGUUUUUGAUGGAGGCUGUGUGGACGAGAUACUUCCCACUGAGUGUGCAGGUGCGCGAUAUAAUCCAAAAGGGGGAGGAGAUUGGCGAGGUGGUGCGUGUUCAGGCGGAUUUGAGUAUUGGGAAUGCCGAGGGGUUUGAUGUUGCGAGUCGCAUGGUGAAUUUGGAUCUUGCGGGGGGUGCUUUGCUUGACCUGGGAAUCUACUCCCUAACAUGGGUCUUUCAAACCCUCUACCACACUCUCCCUCCCUCAGAACGCAAACCCCCUUCCGCUAUUCAGUCGUCAAUGGUGAAAUAUACCGCCACAGGCGCAGAUGAAGAUACCACCAUUCUCCUCACAUUCCCUACAACGACCCCAAACAAUAACAGACGGACAUCGCAUGCCGUCGCCAUGACCGCAUUUGCAGUCGAUUCGCAUCCCAAGGGGACGCCCUCGGUCCGUAUCCAGGGCACAAAAGGUGAGAUUCAGAUCAUUGGCCCUGCGUAUCGGCCAGUUAAAUACCGCGUUGUACCGCAAGAUGAGUCCAAGCAGAUCAGGGAGGUGGAGGGUGACUUUCCUGAUGGUGGGCAUGGGAUGUAUUGGGAGGCGGAUGAGGUAGCCCGGUGUCUGAGAGAUAAGAAACAGGAAAGUGAGGGCAUGCCGUGGGAAGAGAGUAUUGUGAUUAUGGAGGUUAUGGAUGAAGUGAGGAAGCAAAAUGGAUUGGUUUAUCCGGAGAAGAUUGAGAGUGUUGAGUAUCCUCUUGCUUUGUAA